ACAGCUCUGUUUCACCCAAGAAAGUCGGUGUUGUACCUAAGUAAGUACCUUUUGGGAACUGUUAUGGUCAUUGACAAUUAGUUUGCCGCCUGAUGUCUCCGAGUUAAGACCCAGUUCAGAUACUCUCUAGUCUGGUCUUAGAUUUUAAAAUAUUCACAGGACCUGAAAGAUACAGUUUUUUAUAAGUUACGUAAAACCUUGCUGUGGAAGUGUUCUAAUACACACAAUAAUUCUUUGAGUCAUAUUUGUUAUAUUUUGAAAAUAAAGUGAAUAUGACCACUAUUAUGUUAAAUCGUGAUUUCCUUUACGGACCACCAUCAGACUACUUCAGCCGGCUGGAUUUAUCGGAGAAUUCCAAUUCUUCUGAAGAGAUGCAUCAGAGCGAUAUGAUGAGGAAAAAUUGGGAAACAACACGAACUGCGAUGUCUAAUUUGGAGCAGGAACGUCAAUAUCAGCAGAAUACUGUUGAUCAGCAAAGACCGAGAUACUUCCGAUGCAAAGCUUGUGCCUUCAUAACUACGACGAAAGAAGAGUUUUGGGAUCAUUCGCGGAUUCACAUCAGACCUAUGAGAAUGCUCACUUGUCCGAAAUGCCCUUUUGUGACAGAGUUCAAACACCACCUCGAGUAUCAUAUUAGAAACCACCUUGGAUCAAAGCCCUUUAAAUGUGACAAGUGCUCAUACACGUGCGUCAAUAAUUCAAUGCUUAAAAGUCACAUGAAAUCUCACUCAAAUGUCUACCAGUACAGAUGUGCUAACUGUGAGUACGCCACUAAAUACUUGCAUUCGCUCAAGAUUCAUCUGAGGAGGUUCCAACAUCAACCAGGAAAGGUUUUGAAUGCAGAUGGGACACCAAAUCCGUUGCCUGUUGUCGAUGUAUACGGAUCCAGAAGGGGACCAAAGCUGCAACCGACAAAGUUGCAAGAAGAGAAUCAAGCUGAUGCGAUGAGCUACAUGAUGAAGAUGCUUUAUACUCAUAUGAUCUCUUCGCAAAUGAACACACCGAACGCUAUGAACAUCACACAUGGAAUAAACGGUCUUCCCCCCAACAUGACCACUGUCAUGGCUGCAAUAGCUGGCAACCAAUUGCCUGCUGGUUUUUCACCAGAUAAUUCUAGUUUCUUCAACGACCAAGCAGUGAAAAAUGCGAUGCGGUUUAGAGCUUGGUUGACUUACGUUAAAGCCAUGCAAGGCGAGCCGAUUCCGAACGAGUCUCUUGUGAACAACAUCCCAGAAGUAAAUUGCAUUCAGGACAACCAUCAAAAUGUUAACAUUCCUUCGAUCAAUCAAAGCAUUCCAAAAUAUGAAGAUGAUUACAGAGAAGAACAGAUCGCGCCUCUUGAUCUCAGAAAACCUUAUUCGAACAGUCAACAGAAACAAAUUUUCGAGAUUUGUGCCAAAGCGACAGGUAGCUCUAAGCGCAAGGGAAAAGCGGUAAGGCUGGAUACAGAAGGCAUGGUAGUGCAGUCCGAUGAUGAGCAGAUGGUGUUUUUGUUCUAAAUAAAAAUGCACCACAUGAAUUAAAAAGUAACCUUGUCAAUAAAUCUAGACCAUGGAAAAAUAUAAAAAA